GGUGGUCCUUUAUGGGUAGAAGCAUAGAUAACUUUGCUUGCCAUUUUGGAAGCAGCAAAGUUGGGGCUUGCGUUUGUAAUAUGUUAACUAGAUUCUCCUCAUUCAACAAAUACUCUUAAAAUCGCCCUGAUAUCUCAUAAGUGUUCUUGUUCUCAGGCUUGCUCUUGCCUAGGAUCUCAUUCUUCUCAGGUCUGUCACCAAUUCACAACAAAUGGACGUGGUACAUGGAAAAGAUUAGCUCGAUUUCAUAGAAUGAUUGAAGGGAUAAUUACAGUAACCCCACUUGUGAUAUGGCUCGUUUUCACUUUAUCUACCCGUGGUUUAAAACUUUACGCUUUGCCCACUUGAACUUCAAUCCGUUACCCACCUCACCCUCAAACGUUAGAAAAACACCCUUUUAUUAAAAAUCAAAACAUAACACGGAUCAAAAACACGAACCAUUGAAUCUUUUCCUCAUGAGCCCUAGAAACAUGAAAAUCCCUUGUAUUGAGUUGGGGUUUUGAUUUUUCUGAUCGUGCUUUCAUGUGAGGGUGAGGUUCUGACUUUGGGUUGUCUUGAGGCAUUGAAUAUUCGAAGAUAGAUUAUCACUAGGUAUGACAUUUCUGCUUUAUGUGGGUUGGGGUUUCAAGUUUUGAUGGUAGCUUUGAUUCACAAGAAGUUGAUAAGCGAUGUCUUCUUCAAGUGGAAAUUACUCAGGUUCAAGUGGGCAUAUGUGUACAUAUGAGACUUGUGUGUUGAGAACAAGUCUGACAGUGGAUAAUUUUGGAAGAAGGUUUCUGGGUUGUAGCCGAUAUAAGGUUGGUCCUAAGUGCCCUUUCUUUAAAUGGAUUGAUAAUCCCACUUGUAUGCGUGGGAAUGAAACUGCCCAUUUGGUGCAACAAAAGCUGGAUUUACUGCGAAGUGAGCUGCAACUUGCACAUGAAAGGGAAAGAGCAGCUACCCAAGCAGUAGCAGAAGCUACCCAAGCAGUAGCAGAAACUACCCAAAUGGCAGAAAUUGCUCAAGAUAGGGCAGCAAAAGCCACUGAGAGGGAGAGAAAGUUUCGAACUUCCUCUGUUCAAGCCAAGGAGAUAGCAGUAAGAGCUUUAGAGCAAGAGAGAAAGUACAUAAUUGCACUAAUUCUGUCAUGGGUUUUUUUUUUUUUUUGGUUAUGUUGGUUUCAUGUUUUGGCUCAAGUGAGAAUAUUGGAAUGAUGAGAUUGAGUCUGCCUAGUGGGUUGUAAUAUAAGCUAGUCUUCAAUUGUAUUGUAAUAAAACUAUGUAAGAUGGUAGAUGUUGUUGGCUUAAAGCCACUUAAUAAUAUAAGCCUUUUUAAGAUAAAGUAUUAUUUAUA